AUGGUCAUUCUAGGCGGCCUCGAACUUGUCGCGGCAGGAUACCUGCUGAAAGAAAUCCACAACGACAGCAAAGAGGAACAAGAGAGGGAUCGUGAGAGACGAAGGAGAAGGCGGCGUCAUUCUCGUGAAGAUCACCAUCGCCCUCACUACGAUGACCCCAGCCCGAACCGUCCCUCUCGACCGUACCAGCAACAGCAGCUGCGCCCACCUCAACAGCCCGGCGGUCCGCCCCGACCAUACAGCGCACCACCUCCACAGAAUCGACCACCGAUAAUGCCGGUCGCGGUCGCAAAUGCGCCAAUGUGGCACCCACAACCACAACAGGGAAUCCCCCCUCAACAAGGUCCGCUACAAAGCUACGGGACGUGGCCGCAAGGACCACCAUCACAACAGCAGCAGCGACCUUCUCAGCCUCAGCCUCAGUGGCAAGGCAACCCCCCUCCUCAAAACAAUAUAAACGCCAACUUUGUCCCUCCGCCUCUGCAGCGUCCUGCCACAGUGUAUCCGCCGCCCGGCGUGCACAUUGACAUGAAGACAGGCAAGAUCCAGCAUGAUAUGUAUCCGCCGGAGAUGCCUCGCGACCAGAAAAAGCCGGGAGAAGCACGAGAGUACUACGACGGGGGUCGUAAGGAAUUUCAGCGGGUACGGGAGAACUCAAUGCCCACGCAGCAACGGCCGCAAUAUCACCAGCCUAACGGAGGAGAGAACGGUCUCCAGCAUACCUACUCACAACCUCAAAUCAACGUCACACCGGUACACAAGCCUACACCCCCACCGCGAGAAGGGUACGUAGAACUCGAUGCCGAGACUCCUGGUAGAUACCGACCCUAUGGCAAUGAAAAGAGCGAUAGAGGAAAGUCGAGCUCGUACUCCAGUCGGUACAGGGGUGAUGACAUGGAUAUGCGCGAUCCCCCACCUGCGUAUCGCGAGUGA